GUUGGGUUGUGUGGAGGCAAGAGGUCCACUGUGAACAAGCUGGUUUUUUUGUUUGUUUUGUUUAUUUUUGUGCCAGUACUGGGUCUGGAACUCAGUGGCCUGGGUGCUAUUUGCCCAAUGGUAGCCCUCUAUCACUUCAGCUGCAGCUCUACUUCCAGCUUGUUGGUGGUUAGUUCAAGAUAAGAGAUAGACUUUCCUGCUCAGGCUGGCUUUGAACUGGAAUCCUUAGAUCUCAGCUUCCUGAGUAGCUCCGAUUACAGGCCUGAGCCACCACCCAGCUUACUGUUUAAUUUUUUUCUUCCCAGAAUGGAUUCUAGGUGGGUCUGCUGCAGGCUGGCUCUGCUAGUGAAUCUGAUCUGGAUGGGGUCCUCCAUGAUGGAAAGCAGAGAGACUCCAGAAGAUUUUGUGAUUCAGGCAAAGGCCGACUGCUACUUCACCAACGGCACAGAAAAGGUGCAGUUCGUGGUCAGAUUUAUCUUCAACUUGGAGGAGUUUGUCCACUUUGACAGCGAUGUGGGGAUGUUCGUGGCCCUGACAGAACUGGGGGAGCCCGAUGCUGAGCAGUGGAACAACCGGCCUGACAUCCUGGCGCAGAGCCGAGCCUCUGUGGACCUAGUGUGCAGACAGAACUACAGGCUGGGGGCCCCCUUCACUGUGGGGCGGAAAGUGCCACCAGAGGUGACAGUGUACCCAGAGAGAACCCCACUCCUGCAGCAGCCCAAUCUGCUGCUCUGCUUGGUGACAGGCUUCUACCCAGGGGACAUUAAGAUCAGGUGGUUCCGGAAUGGACAGGAGGAGAGAGCUGGGGUUGUGUCCAGUGGCCUCACCAGGAAUGGAGACUGGACCUUUCAGGCCCUGGAGAUGCUGGAGAUGACUCCUAACCUUGGGGAUGUCUACUGCUGCCGUGUGGAGCAUCCCAGCCUGCGGAGCCCCAUUUCUGUGGAGUGGAGAGUUCAGAUCGAAUAUUGCUGGAGAAAGAUGCUUGGUGGGAUUGUGGCCUUUGUGCUUGGUGUAAUCUUCUUCCUGGCUGGACUCCUCAUCCACCUCAGGGCUUGGAAAGGAUCUGCAGAGGCUCAGGCUGGCCAUGAGGUCUCAAGAGCUCUUCUCCCAUCACAGCCCUACUGAGGCCCUAAUGGAAGCUUUGUCCCCGGAGCCUGACAGAGUGCCCACAGGCCAGAGCCCCAGGUUAGGAAAGGAUAUUGAAGAAGUCACUGUUCUGGAGAAGGCUCUUCCUUAGUCCUUGGAGUUGUGAACUGAUCUAGGGUUGUGUGUCCCAAGAGCAUGCAGCCCCCACCCUCCUACCUGUGAACUUUCUAAGACCCCAUUUCAAGAUCCUGGCUGGAAAUUUCCCUGAGACCUAACUCCUCCCAGCCCCCCUCGCUCUACCGCAAGGUCUCCAAAACCCCGCUUGCAGCUUCCAGACUUCAGAAGACAAAUGAUGAAGCAGAGACUACUUCAUGUUUUUGGUCUUUUUCAUAAAGUAAAUCAAUAAACCCUUUUAUUGUGAAAUAAAAUGGCUAUUUAUAGCCACUAAACAAUAGAAUAAAAGAACUCGUUUCUGUUA